UUCAUCGGGGGUCUUGGCUCGAGUUGCCAUGGUUGGAGAUAGAAAGUGGAAUACAGCCAUGAAGUUAUUCAUAGUUCUAUCGGCUGUGUUGGCCCUAGCGCUUGGAGCGGCUGUCGAAAAGCCUGUCAAGGAAGCGGAAAAGACAGAGGACACAAAAACAUCUGAAAGUGCAAAAGUUCAGGACAAACGUAGCUUAGAGGGCUUUGGAUUUGGAUCAGAACCAAUGUUGGAGGGUGGAUUUAAACCCUCUUUUGGUUAUGAUAUGAAUGAGCAUGGUGCGGCUGAUCGACUUUUCAAUCUUUUCGGAAAGGAAGAAACACAUCACACAGUGAUUAAAACUGUUCCUUAUACUGUUGAAAAACAUGUGGUUCACGAGAAAACCGUACCCGUUACAGUUGAUCGUCCCGUUCCGUAUCCAGUAACUGUGGAGAAAAAAGUUCCAGUCUAUAUUGAAAAGAAAGUUCCUGUACAUGUAGACCGCCCAGUUCCGUACCCAGUGGAAGUUCCCUAUCCAGUGACGGUCGAGAAAAAAGUUCCAGUUUACGUUGAGAAAAAGGUGCACGUAGAUCGUCCUGUUCCAUAUCCGGUCCAUGUGGAAAAGAAGGUACCAGUGUACAUUGAGAAAAAGGUUCCAGUGUACAUCGAGAAGAAAGUUCCGGUUCACGUCGAAGUUAAAGUGCCGGUAGUUCAAAGAGUCGAAGUUCCUGUACCGAAGCCAUACCCAGUGCAUGUUCCAAAACCAUACCCGGUGUACAUCGAAAAGGAAGUAAUCAAACAUGUUGAUCGACCUGUAACGGUAAAAGUUGAGAAGAAGGUUCCAGUACCAGUAGUGCACAAAGUCGAAGUGCCCAAACCGUAUCCAGUUUAUGUGGACAAACCAUACUAUGUAGAAAAUCAUGAUAACUACCAACAUCACCAACACGAACAGCAAGAACAGUAUGUUGAGCAUUCAGAAACCACUUACGACCACGGCGAACCAGAAGAACAUCAUCAAAGUAUAGAGCAACCCCACCAGGAAGAACACGAACAUGAACAUGAACAUCAGGAGUACGCGGAAUCUUCCCCACAAGGUGUUCGAAGUACGGACUCUGCUACCAAACCCGUCGUUGAAGAGAAAUCUGAAAAGCAAGAUCAACGUUAUAUGCAGUAACUGAUAAACUCAUCUCAAUUGCAGUGAUUAAAUUAUUUAAACACGAACCUUAACAUAUUCUCUAGUCUAUCUGUCGCAACUGUGUUUUCAUUGCGAAACUCGUUCUACAAAACAUGUUAAUCUGUAAGAUUUACAAUAAAAAAUGAU